UGCUUUACAGGUGGAUAUGAGGGGUUACCUGAAAACAGCGGGGUGGGUAUUUAAACUCCAGGCCGAAACCACUACAGUAGGAACACAUAGGGAUUGCGAUUUAUGUUUACAGAAUGGAGGAGUUGAGGAGCAUCACGCCCUGAUCGAAUGGAGCAAAUCAGAGCCAUGCUUUGUGCUGAGUGACCUGAACUCUGCCCAUGGUACAUAUGUCAACGACUGUCGUAUCCACAAUGCAGCCGUGCGUCUAACCCCAGGCGAUGAACUGCACUUUGGCUAUGGAGGCUCCACCUACCAGCUAGCUGUGGAAAGCCCAUCUAUGCUCCCCUGCCCUCCCAAGAGCAUCUGGACAGCCAGUCAGAACUCCCUGCAGCUGAUAGAAGAGCCCCCCCUUGCCCAGUCUCCCUCCUCCCCCACCUCCCAGCUCCCUCUCCUACCUGGCAAUACUUCUGCCCCUGUUGCGUGGGUAUGGGGGCAAUCAUCUGUCACCCCUCAUCCCCCUAGCCGGGCUCGACCAGCCAGUGCUGGGACCAAACGGACUGGGCAGAGCAUCCCCUCCGAACAACAAGGGACAUCCUCACGAAGACCAGGAAGUUGGACUGGACACACAGGAAGCGGAGCAAUAGUAUCUGAAAGUUCUCAGACCAUGCAGCACCUCUUACAGGAGAAGGAGGAGAGGCUGCUGCGGAUAGGAGACGAGAUCAGCAGGCUUGCUGUGUUUGAGAGUGAGUCCCAGAGGAAGGACAGGGUGAUUGCAGGGCUGAGGGAUGAGGUGUCAGCUCUGAGACACCAGCUGACCCAGAGCCAGCAGACCGACCAGGAGAUCAAACACAGGCUGCUCAGUCUGGAGAGGGACAUCAAUGACAAGAGGGAGCAGAUCCAAAGGAUGAAGGAGCAGAUGGUAGAGCUGCAGAGGGGCUCCAGUGAGGUGUUUAGGCAUUCUGUCACCGAGCGAGACCUAAAGAUUUCCAACCUAAGAGGUCAGAUGGAGAGACUGAAGAAGGAAAGCAGCACUGCCUCAGGUCUGGUAAGAAGCUUACAGAGAGACCUGAGUUCGAGGGAGAAGCAGGCUCUGAAACUGGCAUCUGAGGUGGACAGACUCCGGCAGGACAUCCGACACAAGGACAUCCAACUGGGGGCUACUGCCACCAAGUUCUCCAAAAUGAGCAAGAAGCACCAGGAGGAGUUACUCAACCAUGAGAAUGAGUUGAUGACACUGAAGAAGAGCGUUGAGAGGCUGGAGGUUGCUUUGAGGGAUAAGCAGAGGCUCCUGGAGCUCCAAACAACAGAGAGGGACUUGCUAAAAAACAGACUGGAGAAGAAGAUUGGGGAGCAAGCUUCUAUGUUCGCGGAGUCUGAGGCAGAGAGGCACACGCAACAAAAGAAGAGCAAAGCUGAGCUGGAUCUGGUGCAGGCACAGAUUGAGCACCUUCGUGACCAGCUGCUGAUGAUGUUACCCACUGAACCCUCUGACUCCACUUCCCAUGAUGCCUUGUCAGACCAGCAGGUAUUAGAGCAGGUGGCAGAGAUGCUAGGAGAGAGAGAGAGCCUGAUGAGUAAAUUAGAGGAGCUGGAAGGACAACUGAAGGAGCUCAUGACUGAACAGGAGGGGGCAGCAGAGGACACAGAGAGACUGAAGAGUAGGCUGGAGACCUGUCAGAGUCAAUUACAGGAGGCAUGCUCGGCAAAUGCACUGGAAAAGGCCAUGACCUCACUACAGGAGGAGAUUGUGUCUCCAGCUCUGGCCUGGGUCAAGGCUUCAGUCCUCUCCAUAAUGGCUACCCAGCUCCCACUGCUUCAGAGUGCCACCCAGGCACUACUGGAAGCUGGGAUAGAUGCUUCACAUCUCACUGAAGGAGUCCUGAGUGGCAUCAGAACCCUGGUCAAUGAGCAUCAGGGUUACACAGUGGAGCUUCAGCGUUUGAAGAUAGACCAGGAGGAGCUCCAGGAGAGAGAAGCAAAGUCCAGAGAGCUGCAGGAGCUUCUGAGAGAGGAGCUGGUGCAGCAGAGACAGCAGAUGACUGUGGCACAGCAUGAAGAAGAGGCCAGGAAGAAGGAGUUGGAGGAGCUAAAGGAGGAGUUGGAGGCACUCAGACAAGCCCAGACUAAACUGCAGCAGGAGGCACAGACCCAGGAGGCCGAGUGGUGCACCAGGCUGGAGGAGGCAGGCAGGAGGGAGGAGGAGUGGCAGGAUAAGGUGAAGGAGGUCUUGGAGGAGGAGAAGGAGCGCUACAGGGUCUGGGAGGCCGAGUACAGGGAGCAGGUGCGGCAGCACGCACACACCAUCGUGGCCCUGGAGCAGCGCUGUGUCCAGAGCAGACAGAGAGCCCAGGAGCUGGAGGAGGAGAGGGAAGCGCUGAUUGGACAGCUGAGAGCGUUGGAGGGGAAUCUGGAGAGUAGUAGGCCUGUGAUGAGUACCAGUCCCCUGGAGACACAGACUAAACAGGCCUCAGAGGUAGCAGCCCUGGAGGGUAAUAUCACUUCACUCAGGGCAGACUUGGCCCAGUCUCAGCUGGAAACAUGUAGCCAGGGUGACCUCAUCGUGGCUUUGAGUCGUGACCUGGCUGCAGCCAAUGCCAGGAUAACAGACAUGACAGGGGAGCUCAGUGAGCAGCAGAAACUACAGUUGGAGCAGCUUAAGGCUCUGGUCGUCGAUCAGAGGGUCCAACUGAGCACUCUCACUCAGAAGCUAAUGCUGAUGUCACAACUCGUGGAGCAGAAAGGGGAGGAGCUUGAGAAAGUGAGGGAUGAAUUGAGGAUUUGUCAGGUGGACCUGGAGAAGAGUCUCAGGGCAGAGAGAGAGAUGAAGGAACAGAUAACAAACCCUGAGCAGACCCAGCCUGUCCACUACUCUGUUGUCUCCUGCAUACCACCACACACAAAGGCGAGUGGAAUAACAUAAAGGCGCAUAUUCACAAAGAGUCUCAGAGUAGGAGUGCUGAUUUAGGAUCAGCUUUGACUUUUAGAUUAUAAUGAGUAAACCCAAGGGGGAACCUGAUCCUUGUACUCCCUACUCUGAGACACUUUAGGAAUACAGGGCCAGUGGUGUACACCUCUGGUCCUCGAGGGCCGCCUUGUCUCCUGGCUUUUGGUGAAAUGGUUGAUUUAGAUUUAGACCAGGGACACCAGGUGUUUCUAGCCUGGUCCCAGAUGUGUAUGUGCUGUCUCAUCGACUCAUACGGUGGUUAUCAUGCCAGACAACAACCAUAGGAGUUGACUAUGCUAUAAAGGACAAACAUAUCUGGGACCAGGCUAAGAGGAUUGCACUUUCCAGCCGCAUUGAUCAACUGAAGGUAAGAGAGGAAUCAAAUGAAGCACGAGGCACACAACAAUAUGGAAAAAAUCUGCAGCAUCAUAGGUUCACAACACAUACACAUGAAUACGUUACUGAAAAAAAUAGGUCUGAUAUUUAGCUGUCUGGUUCAGUAAAGCUGGAGGGUGCCUCUGUUUCCUCAGAGAAAAGCCAGUUUGAACAGGUUCUGCUGAUAAUGAUCUUGUGCUGUGGUGCCACGCCUCUAACUCAGUACAAUCAACACUCAGAGGAAGAGACCAUCUCCUAUUCCUCCUCCUAUCAGGACACUGGAGAAGCAGGAGAUACAUUAUAUGCCAUUGUGCAUCACUAUGUUUAAUGGCACGUGCCUCGCAUCCUGACAACACACUCGCAGCACCUUGUCGUAAACCAUAACAACAGUACAGUACAACAUGACACGACUCCUCUGUGUUCCCCAGGGAACUCGUUUAUCUGCUGUUUGUCUCUCUGAAUGGAAAAUAGAGGGCCUCAACAGCUUCGUACUGCCCAGACAUGAUUUAGGCUUGUGUUUGUUACACAAACUGUAUUUGUGUGUGUGUGUGUGUGUGUGUGUGUGUGUGUGUGUGUGUGUGUGUGUGUGUGUGUGUGUGUGUGUGUGUGUGUGUGUGUGUGUGUGUGUGUGUGUGUGUGUGUGUGUGUGUGUGUGUGUGUGUGUGUGUGUGUGUGUGUGUGUGUGUGUGUGUCACUCAAUCACUCACUUCUACAAAAUAGCCAUUCAGACUCUUGUUUUAGUACCCGUGUUAUAGUCAAUAGGCCCACUACAGUGUAGUGAGGAUCGGGAACAUUGCAUUGUGUCAGUAGGUGAUGCAUUCAAACUUGCUGACUCACACAACAGACCACAAUGACAGGCAUUGUGUCCCUGAGUGUGUUUCAUACGAUCAGCCACAGAUCUGCAGUCAAGGACACUUGGCUGGAAAGGAGCUCAAGUCAACAUCCAUCGAGUCAUUGAACUCAAUAUGUAUUUUUGACAAGUCAAUAUAAUUUCCUUCGAUUUCACUCAUAGCAACACAAAGAAAUCACACAUCAAAGUCUAGUAACAGCUUGGAUCUUUUCAUAAAGCACAGCCAAAAAUAAUCUCAACCUGCAAGAUGCCAGCAGUCAAAUGAUUUGCGCAUUAACAGAAGCGCCAUUGUUUGAUAUGAGUCAAAAACACAAAUCUGAAACCUUAAUUGUAUAAAGGAAUAUUAGUGGAUGUAUAGCCAUGAUACCAGAGAAUGGAGAAUGAAAUAUAAUAGAUUAUAAUAUAAUAUUAUACCCCUCCUGUCUCAGCCUCCAGUAUUUAUGCUGCAGUAGUUUGUGUCGGGGGGCUAGGGUCAGUUUGUUAUAUCUGGAGUACUUCUCCUGUCCUAUUCGGUGUCCUGUGUGAAUCUAAGUGUGCGUUCUCUAAUUCUCUCCUUCUUUCUUUCUCUCUCUCGGAGGACCUGAGCCCUAGGACCAUGCCCCAGGACUACCUGACAUGAUGACUCCUUGCUGUCCCCAGUCCACCUGGCCAUGCUGCUGCUCCAGUUUCAACUGACCUGAGCCCUAGGACCAUGCCCCAGGACUACCUGACAUGAUGACUCCUUGCUGUCCCCAGUCCACCUGGCCAUGCUGCUGCUCCAGUUUCAACUGUUCUGCCUUACUAUUAUUUGACCAUGCUGGUCAUUUAUGAACAUUUGAACAUCUUGGCCAUGUUCUGUUAUAAUCUCCACCCGGCACAGCCAGAAGAGGACUGGCCACCCCACAUAUGCUCUCUCUAAUUCUCUCUUUCUUUCUCUCUCUCGGAGGACCUGAGCCCAAGGACCGUGCCCCAGGACGACCUGACAUGAUGACUCCUUGCUGUCCCCAGUCCACCUGACUGUGCUGCUGCUCCAGUUUCAACUGUUCUGCCUUGUUAUUAUUCGACCAUGCUGGUCAUUUAUGAACAUUUGAACAUCUUGGCCAUGUUCUGUUAUAAUCUCCACCCGGCACAGCCAGAAGAGGACUGGCCACCCCACAUAGCCUGGUUCCUCUCUAGGUUUCUUCCUAGGUUUUGGCCUUUCUGGGGAGUUUUUCCUAGCCACCGUGCUUCUACACCUGCAUUGCUUGCUGUUUGGGGUUUUAGGCUGGGUUUCUGUACAGCACUUUGAGAUAUCAGCUGAUGUACGAAGGGCUAUAUAAAUACAAUUUGAUUUGAUUUGAUUUGAUAAUAUAAUUUACAUUUUUCUAAAUGAAUAAUUUGUCAGUGAGAUGUGUUCGCAACCCGUGUAUGAAUCGCUUUAUCUAAAAGCUAGUGAUCAAUUGUAACAGGGUGUAGAUGUGUGUCAUAUCUUUGGGGUCAUAGAAGGACACCUCCCUACUGUCGUAGUCAAUUCAAAUCAAAUGUUAUUGGUCACAUACACAUGGUUAGCAGAUGUUAUUGCGAGUGUAGCGAAAUGCUUGUGCUCCUACAAUGGCAAGAAAAAGAAUGUGAACCCUUUGGCAUUUCCUGGACUUCUGCAUGAAUUGGUCAUAAAAUUUGAUCUGAUCAUCUAAUUCACAACAAUAGACAAACAAUCUGCUUAAACUAAUAACACACAAACAAUUA